AUGGCACGAGGCACUCGCAAAGUGAACAGUUCAUCGAAAACCGGCUCCAGUUCGGUUGGCAACGCCGGCCCCGGUACUCGAGUGGCGGUGGUUAUCGGAGGCGCGGGCUUCACCGGCCAGUACCUCGUGCGUCGCCUACUUCAAGGUCUCGAGAAACCGUUUUGCGAGCCUUAUGGUGAAGUACGGAUCGUGGACACCCUGCAACCUUCGGCGGACGUAGCAGGUGACGCUCGCGUUCACUACUUUCAGGGCGCUGUUGGCGCUGGUACCGACGACUUCCUCCGCGAGGCGUUCGCUGGAGCCACCUCGUGCUUCUACGUCGCUUCGACGGACUCAAGAACGCUUUCCCGGUCUCGGGCGUGGCGGACAAACGUCUACGGCGCGAUGCAGUGUCUCGAGUUCGCUCAGUGCUCGGGACUGAAAGCGUUUGUGUACACAUCAAGUCACAACGUGGUGUGUGAUUUUCGCACACCUAUUCGUGGCGCCGACGAAGUCACGAGCCGCAUUCCCUCACGACACUGCGACGUCUACUCGGCAAGCAAAGCGGCCGCAGAACAGCUCAUACUCGCCAGAGACACACCCGGCCAGCUCCGCGUGUGUGCUAUUCGACCGGUGGGUAUAUACGGACCAGGGGAACAGGUUCACUUCAAUCGACUUUUUCAAUUAUCGCGGUAUCUGGGCAUGCACUGGAUAGAGACCGUACCUCACGAUCCGUUCUGUAUGGAUUGGGUCCACGUCGAGUCGGUUGCGGACGCGUUGCUGCUGGGAGCAGCGGCUCUGAUGGAUCCCGAACGUCAGCCACUGGUUGCUGGCAAGGCCUUUUUUGUCACCGACGACGGCGGACCGACGAGUGUCCAACGAGUUUUCGAUCCCGUCCUGGAAGCCGCAGGCAUUCGCCUGCCAAAGCAACGCUUUCGCGUCCACUGGCGUCUUCUGUAUGUGUUUGCGCUGAUGUGUGAGCUCGUCGCAUGGGUGCUGGACGAUAAGCCGCUGUUGAUGCGGAUGGAGAUCCGCAAAGCGCACAUCGCCCACACCUUCCGAACAGACGCUGCUCGACAGGCGCUUGGCUAUGCUCCACGGUAUACAACCGCCGCCGGUAUCCAAGCUUGGGCAGAACUUGUUCGCAAACAGUUGGCUGGUCGUGUGCUCGAGACAGAUCCGAUCGAGAUUCGGCGUCUGUGUCGUCAAGUAGCCUCCAUAUCGAGUAUAUUUAUCAUCGUUACUGCUGUAGCAGCUUCGGUUGCUUAA